ACGUGACACUUCCGUAUCCCGUGGGUCACCGCGAACUCCCGCCGUUACCCAUUUAAUCGUCCUUGUGCGGAUGUGAAAGCUCUUCUCGCUAACGUCGUCUGCCUCCCGUUCCAUCUUUGCGUGGCCCCGCCUGCUUCGGAAUCGGAAACCCUAACCCUAACCUAACGCCGCCACCAACCCAUGGCCUCAUGCGAUGACGACUUCUCUCUUCUCGGGGACGAAGUGCACUCCCACCACCCACACCACCAGCAGCAGCGGCAAGAUUCGGAGUCCGUUGCCGCUGGUGCCGCCGCUGGUGUUCUUAACUUUUCUACCCAUAGGUACGUCUCCAAGGCCAACGUUCCGAUCCACUCCCGUUCUCUUGUUUUCAACAAUAUCAUCAGGAAGAAAGUUCCUAUUGGCCCUGUGGGAGACGACCAAGAUCAAGUGGGCUACGCCGAGGCCUUUGUCCCGACGGAUGUGAAUACACAAAGCCAUUGCUUCGCCGAUGACGACCCUGUAUCGAACCCAUUCGAGCCGCUUCAUCCUCGCGAGGAUGAUGGCGUCGACGGGGAUAAUAGCCCCGACCGCAGGUGUAGCGCAGCUGCGGCUGCGGCCGUGGCAUCGGUCUCUCACUUCCACUACCAACAGCAGCAGCAGCAGCAGCAGCCGCUGGAAGCUUCCCAUGCUGAAAAGAAGCGCAGGGAUCGGGACGAGCUCAGCGAUGAAGAAUCCCCUUAUGGCUACAACAUGAGCAACAAGAGGUCAAGGUCGUCUUCAGUCGCGCCGUCAUCAUCCGGUGACUAUCGCAAGGACCGGGAGGAGUGGAGCGAUUCGGCCAUUGGCUGUCUACUUGAUGCGUUCACUGAGAAGUACAUACAGCUGAAUCGGGGAAACUUAAGGGGAAGGGACUGGGAGGACGUUGCGGCUACAGUGAGUGAGCGAUGCGAGAAGCAGAAGUCCGGGAAAACUGUGGAGCAGUGCAAGAACAAGGUUGAUAACCUUAAGAAGCGUUAUAAGGUUGAAUGCCAGCGCCUUAGCAGUGGAAGCAUCGCUGUUAGCCAUUGGCUAUGGUUCAAGAAGAUGGAGCAAAUUGUCGGUUCCUCUUCCUCCUCAAAGACUGCUGUGGAUGAUGAUAAAGCUGCUGCACUGGGUGAUUCCUGUCCUGCUUCGAGACAAUUGAAGAGAUAUCCUGGUACUUCACCUGGUUCAUCUAGCUUAACAAGUAACAUUAAGUUGAAAUCACUACCAAAUCCAAGAUGGAAGAGAGCUGUCUUGAAAAUUAGUGGUUCUGCAUUGGCUGGGACCGGCCCACAGAAUGUUGACCCAAAGGUGAUGAUGCUGAUAGCUAAGGAGGUUGCUAUGGCAAGCCGUGUUGGCGUUGAGGUUGCAAUAGUUGUUGGAUUUCGAAAUUUUUUCUGUGGUGACGCUUGGGUGGCUGCCACUGACACGGACAGAACUACUUUAUACCAAGUAGGGAUGAUGGCAUCAACCAUGAAUGCCUUACUGCUCCAGGCCUCCUUUGAGAAGAUUGGCAUCGAGUCUCGUGUUCAAACUGCAUUUAUGAUGCAAGAGAUCGCUGAUCUGUAUAUUCGGCAACGAGCGAUCCGCCAUCUCGAAAAAGGACGGAUUGUUAUAUUCGGAGGAAUUGGAACUGGAUCAGGAAGUUCUCUCUUUUCCACUGACACAGCUGCUGCUCUCAGAGCGUCUGAGAUUAAUGCAGAUGCUGUGUUGAAAGGAACUACCUCAGAUGGUGCUUAUAUCUGCCAUUCCAGGAAUGAAAGCUCCACAUUUGAGCACAUCUCAUUCAGGGAUUUAGCCAACAGAGGCUUCACAUCAAUGGAUAUGACUGCAAUCUCUUUUUGUGAAGAAAGCAAUAUUCCUGUUGUUCUGUUUAACCUUCUGGAACCUGGCAAUAUUUCGAGGGCCCUUUGUGGAGACCAAGUUGGCACCCUUAUUGACCAGUCAGGGAGAAUUAGUUAGCUGUGCUUUGUAUAUAGUUAGAUUUCGUUUGUGACGGUUUUCUUCCUGCUUCUAAAAACGGCUUUUUAGUAUAAAUAUUUUAAUAUUUGUACUAAAAAGCUGUUUUAAGAAGCUGUAAGAAAGCCAGCAGCUUUAUUAGGAUUUUGAUUUCUUCUCUCUGCUAUGGUCUAGAUUUAUGUGGACCUAGAGGCUCUUUUGCUUCUGCAGGAAGGGUAGAAUUAGGAAACUAUUCAUUCAUGCUGUGCAUUGGGGAUUCUGACUUGUAUAAUUAAGUUGCCUGAUGACUGAAGAAUGAAUAUAGAAAGAACAACUGGAUGUACAUUAAUGGCUCUUUAUGGAUGUAACUUAUUUAUCUUCUGUAAAUUAUCUAUAAGAACAUUGCUGUAAUUACUUUUUUGUGCAAAACAUGCAAUUUUUGUUCUUUUGCCA